AUGUUAAGAUCUUAUAAAUGCAUUGUUAAUUCACCUGCAGCAAGAAAUGCCUUAUCAUACGUGGUAAGAAGUCUUCAUAAAGAUUUCCGACCAUGUACAAUUCUUGGAAUAGAAACCUCUUGUGAUGAUACUGGCUGUGCUAUUGUUGAUCAUGAAGGCACUAUUCUUGGAGAAGCACUGCAAUCCCAAGAACACAUACAUUUACAGCAUGGUGGAAUUAUUCCACCAAUUGCUGAAGAACACCACAGGAAAAACAUUGCCAGUGUUGUUGAAAGGGCAUUGGGAAAAUAUUCUUUAAAUGACAUUGAUGCAAUUGCAGUUACAACACAGCCAGGAUUACCAUUAUCUUUGCAAAUUGGUACAAAAUAUGCAAAACAUAUAGCCAGAAAGCACCAAAAACCACUGAUUCCAAUACAUCACAUGGAAGCACAUGCAUUAACAAUCCGAAUGAGAAAAGAAAUUCAAUUUCCUUUCCUGGUAUUGCUUAUCAGUGGUGGACAUUGCCUGUUAGCUGUGGCAAAGUCAGUUAGAGAGUUUUUCUUAUUAGGACAAAGUAUAGAUGAUGCACCUGGUGAGGCAUUUGAUAAAUUGGCAAGACGGAUGAAACUUCGCAAUCUACCCGAGUUUUCCUCAAUGUCUGGCGGUCAAGCAAUGGAAGUCAGCGCAAGUAGAGCUACGGAUCCUCUGCAACAUCGUAUGUCCGCUCCAAUGCUACAGUAUAAAGACUGUAACUUUAGUUUUGCUGGUUUGAAGAAUGUCGUUCAACGGAAAAUAAUGAAAGAAGAGAAAGAAUUUGAUCUGGCACCGGAUGAAGUUAUUCCUAAUGCGUACAAUUUGGCCGCUGCUCUGCAAGUUACAAUUACGAGACAUUUGUGUCACAGGGUGCAAAGAGCGAUGGAAUUUUGCAAGUUGCACGGACUUGCAACCAAUAAUCAACUCGUGGUAUCUGGUGGCGUCGCAUGCAACAAUUUUAUUAAUAGAGGCUUGCAAAUUGUUUGUACUGAACUUGGGUACACGCUUCAUCGACCUGAACCAAAAUUAUGUACGGACAAUGGUAUAAUGAUUGCUUGGAACGGUGUUGAAAAGUGGCAAACAAAUUGUGACAUCACCACCGACUAUGAAUCAAUCCACAUUCGAAAGUCAUCUCCCCUAGGUGUGAAUUUAAUACCACAAGUGCAGGCCGCAAAUAUAAGUUGUAAGUGGGUGCGUUUAAAAGGAAUCGAGGUGCCACAAACGCCAGAAGACAUAGAAUUAGCCAAAAUGGCGGGACGGACUUGAUAGAUAACAAUAUAUAAGAAACAUAUUCCAAUACAUUCUCAUAUGUACUACAUAAAACAA